AUGUCGAACGUUGAAAGAAACAAGAAGGCUGUCCAAGAAAUAUUCCAGGCAAAGAGGCCAUUUAAUGCAUCAAAGCUUGCACCUUAUCUAAGCCCUGAGGUUAAGCAAAUCCGUGAAGAUACAGAAGUGAUCGGAAAGGAACAAUGGCUAGCCAGAUUGACUUGGGUCUUUGAUCAAUUAUUAUCUGAUGCCACUUUUGAACCUCUAGGCUCAGUUGCUGAAGGAAAUAAAGUUUGGACGUUUGCUAUCAUUCGAAAUGAACCUACUUCAAUCGUUCCAGAUCCAUCCACUCAUGAACGUGAAACUGUGGAUAUGUUUACAUUUAACGAUGAAGGACUUUUGAUCGAACAUAGAGACGUUCAACAAAAUGCUCUGAUUAAAAGACAUGUCACUAAGUGA